AUGCCAUCCGCCAAGGGCUACCACCCCGUCGACGCUGCCGACCACGACAGCAGCGGCGACUGGGACGCUGACCUGACCCGUCGCGAGGCCCGGCUGGCGCACAAGCAGAAGCGCUUUCGGGUCUUGAUGAUUGGCAAUGUCCUCGUGUUUCUCGUCUCGAUGUGCUUGGCGGCUAUUUCCUGGCUCGCCAAGCCGUCACUGCUCGAGUGUGACCGGAUGACCUCGCCGUACUCGCCGGUGUUUAACGGAGGCGUAGAGCAUUGGGAGGGUGACUUUCAAAACGCCUUUAACCAGACGUCCAAGUACAGAGGACCGCCGACGCUCGAACUUGAGACGGCCUGGGAGGAGCUUUGGUAUCAGCCCGGUGUUGGGCUAAGCAUGGAUGAGAUUGCCAAACUGAACAAGACCCGUGCCGGCGUUCAAUUCACCGAGAUUGAAGGGAGCGAUCCCAAGAAUCCGACGUACGCCGGCACCCUCGAAGUCUUUCACCAGCUCCACUGCCUCAGCCUCAUCCGCCAAGCGACAUGGCCGCUGCGCAUGUUCAACGAGAGCUGGCACUCGUACCCGUGGUUCCUCACCGACGAGCUGGCCGGCCGCAUGCACGUCGACCACUGCCUCGAGUCGCUGCGUCUCAGCUUCAUGUGCUACGCCGACGUCACGCCCGUCCUGGCCGAGGACAACCCCAUGCGCCCGACGGGCCUGCAGCUCGACUUUAACGUCCACCACAAGUGCCGCAACUACGACAAGAUGAUUGAGUACGUGCGCACGCACGGCGUGGAUGUUCCGCCCGAGUAA